AUGUAUAAACGAGGAGGACCAAAUAAUCCGGUCAAUACUGGGUUAACAAUGAGCUCCGAGAGCGCAAAUGAGAACUGCCUUGGAUAUGCUGCAAGGGAUCCAUCUGGAGUUCUAUCUGAAUACAAAUUCAGCCGCAGGGCUCUUGGGAUUGAUGACAUUUCCAUAAAAAUUACCCACUGUGGAGUUUGUUAUGCUGAUGUCGUUUGGGCAAGAAACAAACAUGGAGACUCAAAGUAUCCUUUGGUGCCUGGACAUGAGAUUGCAGGUAUUGUGAAAGAGGUAGGUUCCAAUGUUCAUCGCUUCAAAGUUGGGGACCAUAUCGGAGUGGGAACUUAUGUCAACUCAUGCAGAGAUUGUGAGUAUUGUAAUGAGGGAUUUGAAGUCCAUUGUGCAAAGGGUUCAGUCUACACUUUUAAUGGUGUUGACGUGGAUGGUACAAUUACAAAAGGUGGAUACUCCAGUCAUAUAGUUGUCCAUGAAAGGUACUGCUUCAAGAUACCUGACAACUAUCCAUUGGCUUCAGCAGCACCUCUGCUUUGUGCUGGAAUUACUGUUUAUGCUCCUAUGAAGCGCCACAAGAUGAAUCAACCUGGUAAAUCUCUAGGAGUGAUUGGUCUUGGUGGUCUCGGUCACAUGGCAGUGAAGUUUGGGAAGGCAUUUGGUUUACAUGUAACAGUUUUCAGCACAAGUGUAUUGAAGAAAGAGGAAGCCCUAAGCCAGCUUGGUGCGGAUAAGUUUGUGGUCUCAUCUGACCAAGAGCAGAUGACGGCCUUGGUGAAGUCGUUGGACUUUCUAAUUGAUACAGCAUCUGGUGAUCAUCCAUUCGAUCCAUAUAUGGCAUUGUUGAAGACUGGUGGAACUCUGGUCUUGGUGGGAUUCCCCAGUGAAGUCAAAUUCAGUCCUGCAAGCCUCAAUCUGGGUAUGAAAACCAUCUCUGGCAGUCUGACAGGCGGAACGAAGGAUACGCAAGAAAUGAUAGAUUUCUGUGCUGCUCAUGAAAUUCACCCAAUGAUUGAAAUAAUUCCAAUUCAAUAUGCAACGGAAGCUCUCGAGAGGCUAGUAAAAAAAGAUGUGAAAUACCGGUUUGUAAUUGAUAUUGAAAACUCCCUGAAAUGA